AUGGCAGAUGCAGUCGACACGAAAAAACCUAGGGACAGCUCCCGGCCUAUUUGCCGGACGGUUGACCUCAAAGUCGGCGACGAAUGUGGAUCAAGGACCGAACAGAUCCACAGGACCGAGUCUCUUGUCUUGAUCGUCCAGAAACUGUCUCAGGGAACAACCUUCGAGCGCUCUAGGAAAAGUGACUCCGACUCGUCUUGUGGCUCGUGUCGGCGCUGUGCGUGCUCAAAGGCAAUCUUCGAAAGGGCAAAAAUGCCGGUGCUAUCGAAGACCGGUGCCGGUGCUGAGCAGCGGCCCUGGACCGACGGUCAGAGAUGCAUGUUUGUGGGACAGAAAAUUGCCGACAACACCAAGGGUGACUGUGUAGGAGCAGCGGCCACAGCCAAUUCAUGCCGCGGCUAUCUGGCGGAGUGCAAAAACACGAUCAGAUCUCCGGCACAAGUCCGGCAACGUUCUGCGGGUCAGCCCCCACCGGCCAUUCUCCAAUCAAAGAUUCCCAUGAGGAGAACCCAUGCCAAGCUGGACUCGUUGACCGUCCGCGAUACGCAGCAAUGCUCCUGUAUGCGUCCGGAAACCAAACAUCUCGAGGAUGGAGGUGGUAUGACCCUGCCCCCUUCGCAGCCUAGAUCACGUUCUCUCCCAUAUCCCCGUCGUGCCAUCAUUGCUACCGUCUUCCAUCUUGUCAACGCAACAUUUCGGUCUGAACAGCCUCGGAAUCUCUCAGGACCACCUUCAACAACCUGCUAUGUGUCUUCGCCUCAUAGACCUUUUUCCCAUAGACGGCAAGAACACAACGGAUCACACAUAGACGACUAUCAUUCUUCGUCACUACAUCGCGUGACUGCACACCACUUUCUACGCAUUCUCAGCGCCAAGCUUGUCCGCAUGAAGCUCGAUCACACGCCCUUUGGCGCACUGCGCGAAAAGGGUCGCUCACUUCGCCGCAAGGGCGACCGCACACGUAUCCAAGCCUCGUCCACCGUUGCCUGCGACGGAUCGCUGACAUCACCUAAGCUCUCUCAGCACCGCCUAUCGCACGAGGACUUGCCAGCGUCGUCGCGCACAUCCAGUGUCGAGCAUGUUGGUCACCACAACCAUCACCUGCACCAUCACGAGGACUUUUCGAACAACAGUCCGGUUCUUCUGCGCGGCGACAAGGAGCUGCACGAUCCCAAUUUCGUUCGCCACAAUUGGGAGAUGAUGUCGGGCGAUUCGAUCUUCCCGGACAACCAGCUUCACAUCGGACGCAGCGCAUCGCCCAGGCUUACGAGCCGACGUAGCACUCUUUCAUCCCGCACAAGCUCGCGUCCAUCUUCUCGUUCGGGCAGCGAAACGGGCGGUCACCACACGCCCACCUUUGGCCUCGGUGUCGGCGCCUUUUCGGGCCUCUCGAGCUACGCCCAAGGCGGAUCGAUGGGUCGUGCCAGCGGUGCUCGCGCCUCGUCUUCCAACCGCGGGCUGCAGGUUGAAGGCUCCAUCCUGCGUGAUGAGGAGGCCAUCCUUGAUAGCGACGAUGGCAGCAGCGACGAUGACGACGACGACGACUACCAAGACGAAAGGUACUCUUCUCAUCAUCUCCAGCUGCCUUCCUCGCGACGCAGCAGUCCUUCGUCGGGACAAGUCUCACUCCCACCACGAUCACCCCUGUCGAGCGCCCCCGUCUCGCCUCUCCUCUCGCAUGCUCUCGAGCAGCAACAGGCGGCCGCAUUCCAGCGUCGUCGCCACUGGACCGUUGCAGAGGGUAGCAAGGCCUCGAAUGGAGCCCGUCUCCACGUCAUGUCCACACAGAUGCCUCGAGGCGCUGCUGCCGCCACUCUCAGCUUCUCUCAACCUGCAUAA